AAAUAACCAGGUUUCGUACCCGGUGUGGACAGUCAUAACUAUUGAAUAUGCGCGAUAUCGACAUCUGCAACAAAUACUAUACUAUAACAAUGGUUACAGUCAGUCUAACAAUGCUAAUGACGUCAUUUUUCCACGGAAGUUACUCUUUGCCAAUUGAAAGCUGUCCUAUGUUCGGUUGUCGCCCAUCUGGAACGUUCUCUUACGACCUGGACAUCAGAAGUAAUGUUUCAAUGGCGUGGCCGAAACCUUUUAAACAAUCGUCUUUUCCAGAUUCACUGGGUUGCGUUGGAAACGAAGAACUGAUAGUCUGUCAAGGCGAUGGACAGACAAAUAGGGGAUAUGUGAGUUUGAACGUUGAGAAUGGUUCCCUCGCGUGGUCAGACAGAGUUCUUCAUCACCCAACCUUACCGAUAAUGGACAUAUACGGGGACAUCGUGGGAACGGACGGAAGUAAACUCGUCAAGUAUGAGGUGGAUGGGACGCUUGAGAAACCAGUUAUAAAUGAUAAUGUCUCUCCUGUUUACAGCAUUACGUUCUCCGACAACAAUAUACUUGCCAUAGUGUCGAAGCGUGGAUCGUUAGUGACGGUGGAAUCCAAUGGCAUCCCCCAUGCGUACAUGGAGUUUCGUGGAUGGGAGGAACGGAUGAAUGGCACCUUUAUACCAAUAGCGCCACCUGUAGUUGCUGGUCACCGGAUAUACAUUCUUACGGCUUUCCGUCCUGAUCAAGAGAAAAAAGAGCUCUCAAUGCAACGACUCUAUGCUGUUGAUAUUUUCAAUGUUCUGUCAGGAAAAUUAAAAAUUGCGUGGUACUUCAACUUUGAGAGACUGGCUAAAGCAAAAUCUAACAAAAGAACAGGUGAUAAAGCAAUUUCCGUACAACCACAAAUUCUGAUAAACACGGAUACCAACACGUUAUUCGUCAAUUUACCACCUGUACAAAGUACUGGCGAAGCCACGCACGUGGUGUGGGGGUUCAAAGAUGAUCUGAAGAGUAGUGCUCCGACUUUGUUAUUUAAAACUCCCCAACCUGUCUCUGAGCUUGCGCUGUAUGAAUCAAGCAAAUCAGUACCAGUCAACAACAGAACAGACUUUCUGCAUAAUCCGUGGCAGCAUUUCCAAGGAGUGUUUGGACCUCGACUUUCAACAGAUCCUGACAAAGCGACACUGUGGGCUGUAUCUACUGAGAAGGAGCUCAUUCUGAAAUUGUCUCCACUCGAUGGAUCUGUUUUACAAUUAAUCAGACUAAAUAUCUUGUUCAAUAUGACGACAACCGUUACUUCGAGGUUAAUGGUGGCAAGAACAAAGUCCAGUCCGGAGGAUGUUCUUAUUUUUGGAAUUGAAGUCACACCCACACGGAAUGGGGUUGUGUCAGAAGCAUUCAUAGACAUAUGCCGUUCUCACUCUGUUAACCCGAAUUUGAAAUAUUAUGUUGUGUGUCUCAGGGAUGCGAUUGUGAACUGGAUUAUCGACACGCCCAGCGAAUGCCCAGUUGUUGGUCAGAUAACCGGUAUUAAAACGUCGGACAACAACAAACCUGACAUGCUGGUAGUUACAACGAACUCUCCAGAUAAAUCUGAAAUAUUUGCCUUAAAUGUUUGAUAUAUAGGAAUAAUAAAGAUUCCCAUAUAUGGUGUUGCAUACUGUAGAUGCAUUAUAUUUACUUCUUCCAAACAAAUCUAGUUUUCUGAUUCUCGCUUUUUGAAGAGUCAAGGUUAAUUCUUAACUCCGUUACUUUGUUCACUAGAUUUUCGACCCUUGGUAAAAUUCUGCUUGUUUACAUCCACUGGGAAGUUAUAUAAAAUUACGUAAUUUCCUACAUAAAGAUAUAACUCGGUCAAAAAAUACUUGUAUUUUCCUUAGAGUUAUCGUUCUUUUCCUAAUUGAGCUGUGCAUGUAAAUCGCGAAUACUUUUGCUAUGACGCUGUAUACAUGUUUUAGCUCUGUCUGACAUAAAUUUUCUUAUAUUCAGUGAUAUUCGAGGUCCACAUGAAACUAUAUUUUACUCCUAUGUGAUUUACACAUAUCCAUUAUAUCAUUCAAUACAUCUUUAAGUGUCAAUGGAGGAUUUUGCAGCUUUGUCAACCAAAUCUCGCAGGCCUCAAUAAAGGCUGUGUAUACCAUGGUAGGACCCUCUGGAAACCUUACGACGGAAUCUACAACAGCUAAAGGUACAUCCCAAGGCUCCGGAAACACAGCUGAAACAACGACAGGACUCACGUCUGCUUCGCCUAUUGUGUCUUCCGGAGGCCCCACUCCAGGAUCAAACGGAAAUUGUAGAGACAACCCUAGUAUUGAUUGUAGAAUGUACAACUUUAACGUGACUUGCAAGGUCGAUGGAAUGUAUUAUCCGUGGGCUAAGGUGAACUGUCCAUUAUACUGCGGGUAUUGUCAAGCUCCGACGGUUUCCGUGGAAUGCAAGGACAAACUGACAAACUGUGAUGAAUAUCAAGAUGACUUGUGUUCAAAUCACAUGUUCUUAGUGUUCAGAGAAACCAAUUGUCGAAAGUUCUGUAACAUAUGUACAGGUGGCGUUGAUUUCAUCCAUCAGUCUUUUGGAUGAAAAUAGAUAUAAAAUGCCAGUGUUAUUACUUGCAUUCAUGUAAUAAAACAAAAUAAACAUUUUAUGUACAGAU